AUGACCAAGAAUAAUCUCAACAGCUCCCUCUCAUGGCUCUUGCAGCACCCACACUCUUUUGGAUCAUUGGAGCACAUAUCUGUUAUUGCUGAUACGGCCAGUGUAUCAUACGAUGAGUUGGAAGCAGCAGACACGAACGAGGAGAUGGCAAGAUUGCAGCUGGCACCACAGAUUCCUCCCAGACCGAAACUGCAUACUCAAUUGCAACGCGAUCUCAAUCCCCUUCCCACUCCCACUCCAUCUCGACCUUCAGUUGACAUCAAACCACAAUCGAGUAUAUCGAAACGACAUGGAACGCCUGCUGCAUCCCGGCAGACUCCCAAUCCGCGUACACCCGUAACGAGCUUUGAUGACAUUAAAUUCGAUGAUUCCAUCGACAUCCUCGACAUUGACGAAAUUGAUCUCACUGGCGAGGCUCUCACGACUUCUUCCUUUGGCGAAUUCGGCCCUCCAACCCAGUUAUGGAACGAAAGGUCGGCUUCUCGUGUGGCGCCGUCGCCAAAGAAGAAAGGAAAGAAGAGGAAAAGCGAUGAAUAUGCAUCAGAUCUGCUCUCCCCACAGUCAAAUCGGAAGCCAAAAAAGGUGGUCCAGCAACGCACAACAACGACAACCUCUCCGAUCCGCGGCAGCCAGACCAGUGUUAUCGAGAAAUUUCUUGAAGAAGAAGUUAGUCUAACGCGAGCUACAACUCGGCUCAAGGCUGCUGCUCCUCAGCCAGAGACAUUCUUAGACUGUGGGGCUCAAGCGAUCGACGGAGAUAGAGGUCACCAAAGGAAAGUGGCAGAAAACGAUGAUCAACUGCGAGCUUCAACGCGCCCUCUACAACCUCGAAUUCAGCGAUCACAAAACAUCAUUCCCGAGUCAGACGACGAUGAAGACUCUCCCUCUGCUCCAAAACUCGAAUCCGAUGCUUCGAGUCAAGCAGUUCCCGAGGAUGGGCAUGGUCCAGACGUAGGUGGUUUGGCGGAAAAACAAGAAGGUGCAGAGGCUGCUUUCCACCAGCCAGUUCGAUCCCAACCCUUUCCGGUUCAUGAAGCGCCUGGACCAUUGCAUUCCCUCCGAACAAGGCCUGCAGUCACGCCCCAGGCGACAUCGAAUCCAGAACUGAUGUUAUACAACAGCACUCCGACCCCCAGCCUCGCUGGCAGCUUGACAUUAGAACAAAAGACGCUGAUUGACAGUUUUGUUAUGGACGGGAAAGACCAGCUACAGAGCCUCCUGCAACGGCUGGAGAACUCGAAGGUAGCUGUCGUCGGCCAAAUUAUGGAAGAGAUAUGCGAUCGCGGCGCUGCUUCUAGCCAUCUGAAGGAACAGCAGAAGGCAAUAGUAACCAAGAUCAAUGCAGCAACACGUCUUCAGGAGGAAUUCGCCACUCUCGUCAAACUUCGAAACCUACGGGAACAAAUGCUCGUCCAGCGAGAAGAACUUCGGAAAGCGGGCCAUAUCAUUGAGCCCGAUGACCCCGAUGAUGUCUUGACAUCAAUAUGCUCGAAGAUUUUCAAUGCCAAACGUGAGAUCGACGCUCGAGAACUCACAGUCUUCACGCUUUUGGAACAGGUGGGAGUGUCGACUGCCAAAAGAAUGAGUAACAGUCCCAAAACAGACCGAGAUCAUCUGUUGUCCCCAAGCUCAAACUUAUCAAACCAAAAGGUCCUGGUUGCCUCAACACAGAAACCGCCACAAUCAACGUCAAAGAAUGCGAAGAGUGAGACUCCACAAGGUCUUUCUCACCUCUCAACGCAGUCAGUCCGCCAAACACCAUCUUUAUACCGAUACGAUGCAGUUGACGUGGCCAUCAGGUCGUCGAAUCGAAGCCCUUCUCCCUAUCGAGGAUCUCCCCAAAGAGCUCAAGUAUCGGAAUACGCAAGAAUCAACCAGCCCACCUCUCAUGCCUUUGACAUUCCUGGCCCGAGUCGUGUUCUUGCCGGUGCGGGCGCGAAGGCUAGGGCGGGCGACUUUUCAAGAACAAUGGGUAGCCCAGCUCGCGACUUUUCAUUCGACGAUGAGGAUUUCGAGGAAGGUUUAGAUGACGAAGAAAUGUACAAGGCCGCAGAACAGUACGAACAGAAUUUACCGCUGAGAGCUACCCCCCCUAAUCGAAGUUCUCGCUCUGCUCUGCGUGAAGUCAGCGAAAACAUUCGCAGGACAUCGCCCCAGAAGCCUGCAACAACAUCAUCUAUACCUCGGCCUCCACCAGCAGCUCUGAUGCAACAUCCAUGGUCGAAAGACGUGUAUUCGACUCUAAGGAAGAAGUUUCAUCUCCAAGAGUUCCGUCAUAAUCAGCUGGAAGCCAUCAACGCGACCCUGAGCGGCAAGGACGCCUUUGUGCUGAUGCCUACCGGAGGAGGCAAGUCGCUUUGCUAUCAAUUGCCGGCUGUAGUUCAGAGCGGGCGAACUGCAGGCGUGACCAUCGUCGUCUCUCCAUUGCUCAGUCUGAUGCAGGACCAGGUGGAUCAUCUGCAAAAAUUGCACGUUCAAGCUGUGCUCGUCAACGGGCAGACUUCGCAAGAACAUCGGAAUUAUAUCCUCCAAGCGUUACGAUCUAACGAGCCAGAAAAAUUUGUUCAACUUCUGUACGUCACACCCGAGAUGCUCAACAAGAGUGAGACAUUCUUCAAGGUCUUUCUGGAUCUGAACAAGAGAAGACUCCUCGCACGCAUUGUGAUUGACGAGGCACACUGUGUUAGCCAGUGGGGACAUGAUUUUCGUCCUGACUACAAGGCUGUCGGCGAAGUUCGCCAACGCUUCAUGAAUGUGCCUGUAAUGGCCUUGACUGCGACGGCAACAGAGAACGUGAAAAUGGAUUGUAUGCAUAAUCUGGGCAUGGAUGGUGCCGAGGUGUUUACACAGAGCUUCAACAGACCGAAUCUCACGUACGAGGUGAGGCCAAAGGGCAACAAACAAUCGGUUCUCGCAAGUAUUGCCAGUCUCAUACAAGAGUCUUACAAAGGACAAGCGGGAAUCAUCUAUUGCCUGUCGCGCAAAGCUUGUGAAGAUGUUGCGAGGCAGCUCCAAGAAGAAUAUAAUAUUGCGACCCGUCACUACCACGCUGGACUCGAAGCUCCCGAGCGCAUCCAUAUCCAGAAAGAAUGGCAGUCUGGAGUUUACAAAGUCAUCGUUGCUACAAUUGCGUUCGGCAUGGGUAUCGACAAGCCAGAUGUCCGAUUUGUCAUCCACCACACCAUUCCAAAGAGUCUCGAAGGUUAUUACCAGGAGACAGGCCGAGCUGGGCGGGAUGGUGGCAGAGCAGGGUGCUAUCUCUACUACGGCUAUAGCGAUACAACCUCCAUAAAGCGGAUGAUUGACAAAGGCGACGGCGACUGGCAACAAAAGGAGAGGCAGAAGCACUUGUUGCGCAAUGUCGUCCAGUUCUGUGAGAAUCGCAGCGAUUGCCGCAGACAGCAAGUGCUCGGGUACUUCAACGAACACUUCAAGCGCGAAGAUUGCAACAAUACCUGUGACAAUUGCAACUCAACCAGCACCUUCGAAACGCAGGAUUUUUCAGAGCAUGCUAAAAAUGCAAUCCGUCUCGUGCAGCAGGUGUCUCGUGAACAAGUCACCCUGUUACACUGUGUCGAUGUCUACCGUGGUGGCAAAAACAAGAAGAUCACUGAGCUCGGCCACAACAAAAUUCGCGAGUACGGUCUUGGGGCAGAGUUGGCCAGAGGGGACGUGGAGAGGUUAUUCUACCGGCUCAUUAGUGAGGAUGCUUUGGCGGAAUAUAACAAGGUCAACACUGCUGGCUUCGCAACGCAAUAUGUGAAACCGGGACCCAGAGCGCCCGAUUUCGAGGCCGGCCACGGCACAUUGAGUAUGCAAAUCUUGGUCUCGCCGAGGGACAAAUCGAAAUCCAAGGCGGUCGCUUCGAAGACCAGGAAGAAAACUCAACGGACUGGAGUCAAAGCCGCUACUGACGAUUAUCCUGCCUCUACCAACGUUUCCUCACCGUUGCAGCCGAGGUCUCGCAGGAUCCCUCCUCGUGCGCCGUUCGACGAAGAUUCCGAUGAAGAUUUUGCCGAUGAAGUCGAAGAAGACGACGCCUUCUAUUUCGAUUCGAUGCCCGUUGUUGGCGGACACCGGUCCAAAAAAAUCGCAAAAGUAGGGCCUCCAAUUACUACGGAUGACAGGACGAAGGAACUCGACGAGAUUCACCAACACAUCCUGGAUGACUUUGUCGAUAACGCUAAAAAAGAAAUCAAGCGAAUCCAAAUUGCCAAAGGGUUACGGCAGAUGGCAAUAUCUGAUCUUAUACUUCGGGAAAUUGCCACUCGGUUUCCACGAGAUGAGAAAGCGCUCCGUGACAUUUCUCGUAUGAACCCAGAAACGUUCCAAAUGUUCGGGCCUGUCUUGCUGCGACUGGCCAAAAGCGCUUAUAAUGACUACAAGGCGAUGAAAGAGGCAAGCGGAGAAGAUGGCGACGGGCCUCAUGGCAGAUCCAUUGUGGAAAUCAGCGACGACGAGGAUGCGGAUCGAGUGGAUGAAAGCGACGAAGAUCUGAGUGAAACCGAGAGCAGUCACUACUUUAGUGUGGCUGACGACGUCAGCCAUUUCAACGAGAAACUAUCCCAGGCAUCCGCAUUCGAGACUCGACCUCAGAAGGCCGCCCCGAAAAAGCGCAACUCUCGUCCUAAGUCUGUUCCUUGGAAUCGCCGUGUAUCGCGUGGCUCUCAGCAGCGUGGCAGCGGAAGCUCUAGAGCAAGAGCGACGGUCGCGAAGGGGAAGCGAGGCAGCGGUGGCGUGGCAAAGAAGGUCAGGAAUAGUGCCAGUGCGCGGUCUAGCACCAGCAAUUCAGGUCUGCAAGAAUUUGCGUAUAAGAACAGCAAAGAAGCCUCGUCUAGCCGUAGUCGUGUUGGCGGAGGUGGUGGUGGAGCAGGAAAGAUUAGCAUGAUGCCGACCUGA